UCUAUGUUUGUCAGACUCAAAUCCGAGGGAGAGGAGCUAGCCGCCAUUUUCUGAAGCGUCUCUCCCUAAAACGAGAGAAAAACGCUGCCGACAGAAACCACCGUCUGGAUUACCUUUCGCGUCGCGGAGAAGCGGAUUUUUUGCCGUAGGAUUGCGGGGGUGAACUCGCCUACAUUUGAGGUAAACUCGCGGGGGAAAGGAGCGUUUCACGGCCUCGUCUUGUUAUAUUCCGGAGCUCGAGGUGUAGAUCGGUGAUUCGCUCUUGAAUCCGGAACGAAGCCGAACCGGGGCCCUUCUUCUUCUGCUUCUUUUUUUUUUUUUUUUUCGCCAUCUGGCUCUAUUUUUUUCUGGAUUAAUUAAUGGCAGAGUGAUUACACGAAGCCGUGGUAGCACCUUUGUUUAUUUUCUAAUUAAAUCUGCAGGGGGAUUGUUGCCGAAAUUCCCUCGGAUAGUGCAACCUCGUCACGUGGCUGUCCUCAGGUGGGGCAGUAAGCGGGUGGAGUGGAGCAGGCCGCGGUGCCCGUCCCUCUGCACUGCAUGGCUGCGAUGGCGCCCGCUCUCACCGACGCCCCAGCCGAAGCUCACCACAUCCGCUUCAAACUGGCUGCCCCAUCCUCAAGUCUCUCACCGGCCAGUGCAGAGAACAACGGUAACGCCAGCAACAUCCUUAUCCACAGCAGCGGCCCCGCCAAGUGCAAGGCCGCCCCCGAAGAGUGCCCCCUCGAUUUCUGCGGCGGCGACCAGGAACAGCAGCAGCAACCCCAAACGGACUCCGUGGCUCAGGCGUCGGCCCUGGGCAAGCUCCAGCCGCUGGUGGCUUCUUACCUAUGCUCUGACGUGACACCUGUCCCGUCAACUAAGGAGUCGAUCAAGCUGCAAGGAGUCCUCAUCAAACAGUCCGUGCUGAAGAGCCACAGGAUACUGGACAACUCGCUGUUCAACGGAGGAGGAGACUUCCUGUUGAGGAAGAGGCAGGCGAUAGAACUGUCCGGCGGCCAGCUCAAAAGCCUCAUGAGUGGCAGCACCAACGGAGGCGGCCAGCCCAUGGCACCUGUCAACGGCUUGGCCAAGAAGCUGGCCACCAUGUCCGGUCCGGGCUGUGUGGUGGCAGUAAACGGUGACAAGCCUUCUGCCGCCACAGACUCUCAGACCCAGAACCUGCCCUUAAACUCCGAGACCUUGACAGCUACCUUAUCAGGGCAUAUCCCGGUGAAAGGAACCCUUAAACAGAAGCAUUCCUCCGGGGUUUCUCAAAAUACAGAUGGAAAAAACCUUGAACCUGCAGUGCUUCAGUCUGUUGCACUUUCCCCCUUCACCCACGGUAACCCAAACCCCGCUGAACAAGUAAACCUGCAGGAGACUGAUUCACAAACGCAAACUAGUCAGACGCAGGGUUCUGAUAGGGAGAGGGCAGGGAGCAGCCAGCAGGGCUCCCCGGCCUGCACGCCCGCGCCACAGCCUCCCCUGCCCUGCACUUCCUCCUCGGACAGCCUCGACGCUCAAGUGAGGGAACGCACCCUCCUCAACAGCAGCCGCCAAGCCGAGAUCGAGAGCCGGCUGAGGCGCCUGCGCAAACGUCUUCAGGUCGUGCAGGCGAAGCAGGUGGAGCGGCACGUUCAGCAGCAGCUCGGCGGCUUCUUGGACUCGGCUCUCAACCGGCUAAUAGCGGGAAAUCGCAAGUCGGAGUCGGCGACGCCUACGGCGACAUGGAGGACCGGACGCCACUCGUCGUCGAACAACAGAGACAGCCUCAGUCGCUUCCUGAAAAGCGGCACCAUGCCCCUGGAGCUGGAGAGGCUGUACCUGAGCGGAUCAGCCAACCUCCAUUCAGCAGAAAGCGCCUUUGACUCAGAUGUGACAGAAAGUAGCUCUGGGGGGGACUCUGACCUGGAGGAGGAGGAGCUGGCCAGAGUGGACAUUGAGCAGCGGCAUGUCAAAAUAUGGAAGCGUGCAGAGAGUCGCUACACGGUGGAGAGAGCGGCCAUCAUCAGUCACUGGAACUGGCUCCAGGCUCACAUCUCAGACCUGGAGUACCGCAUCCGACAGCAGACCGACAUCUACAGACAGAUCCGAGCCAGCAAGGGCUCAGUAGAGUUGGGAGGUGUUUCCCCCGGUGUGGUGUCUGCAGGUGGGACAGAGGUGAAGACGGAGCCUCAGGAUGUUGCUUCAGAACGGCUGGAGCACACAGGCGCCGCCCACAUCAUCAACACCGAGUCCGGCUCCUGGAAAGGUCAAAACACACAGCCUGUUAACGGCGUCCUCAGCAGGAUGGCAGAGAGUGCAGACACAAAGCACCAGCAGCCGUCGGCCUACGACAGCACGUGUGUGUCUGCGCGCACACGACCGCUCGUCAGCUGUCGACGACGGCGGCUCAUGCAGCCCAACACUGUACCCAACCUCAACGGCAAGGCCCCGAGGAGCAGCUGUAUCCAGUGUAACUGCAGGGUCAACCCCAGCUGUGUGAUGUGCGGUGGCUGGCCCACCCCCAGAGAGGACCCCCAGUACGAGCUGCCCACCCUGGAGCGCCUGUCAAGACUGGAUCUUGGCGUCCACCCCAUCCUCUCCUUCCCCGACGACGUUUGUACCGGCCUCCGUCUGCAGCAGGUGAUGAAGAGUCAGUGGCAGACGAAGUCGCUGGAGAGGAGCAAACCACUGAAGAAGCUCUCGCUCAAACACAAGCUGUCCUCGUCCAAAGAGAAGCACAAGUUCACCAACUCACUCAUGGCAGUCAGACUGGGUCACUAUAAGAACCGUGCUGACAAGCAGAGGGCAGUAGACAGCAGCGUGGGCAGCAGCAGCGCCGCUCUGAGCGCGGCCCGCCUCGAGGGCCAGGCUGUGUGUAAGACGGAGCGGCUGCAGGGCCUCUCCACCCCGCUGGGGCCCUACGACAAGAACUACAGUCGCAAGAGGUUAAGAGAGCACUCUCUGGACCGGACUGACACCUCCCCUAAACUGUUCCUGGAGUCGAGCAGCCCCUGCCCCUCUCUGGCCAACAUGCACUCGUCCCUCCACAGCCCCCUCACGCGUCAGCUGUCCACGUCUUCAGAGAACUCCACGCCGCUGGGCCCCGGCAGCCAGAGCGUCCCCAACACACCUCAGCAGCCAAUCAAGAGGAGGCGAGGUGAAAGCUCCUUCGACAUCAACAACAUCGUGAUCCCCAUGUCUGUGGCCGCCACCACCCGAGUGGAGAAGCUGCAGUACAAAGAGAUCCUCACCCCGAGUUGGCGAUCAGUGGACAUUUUCUCUCAGCCAAUCACUGAAGACGAGAAUGAACGAGAGGUGGAGGACCUGACAGACGCAGCCUUCACUCAGCACCAUCAGCCCUACGAGGACCAGGAGCGUUCCCGUUGGACUUGGAUGGCUCUGGCUCCCGCUAAGAGGAGGGGCAGCAGGUCGUAUAAGUCGGUGGACGGGCGGACCACGCCGCUGCUGUGCGGGACAAACCCUCCGACCCCUCAGCCUGCGUCCCCUGACCCGGGUCACUGCCCCAUGCUGCACGAUUACAGCUACAUGCCGUCGCCCAUGAGCCCGCCCAGCCCGGACACCACCUCCAACCCCCACACGCCCUGCUCCCGAGACUCCCACCGGCUUCUGUCCAGUGAGGACACUCGCUGCUCCACGCCCGACUUCACCUUUGAGGAGCGGACGGUAGCACCGUGGGAGCGCCGCAGCUUCCCCCUGCCAGAGGACCCGGAGCCUGAGCCCGAGCCGGAGAGUGACCACAUGAGGCCCAGAAUGCGCAGCAUCUCAGGUUGCCGAGUGACGGCCUACGGACGGCUGGACUCGGACGACACGGAGCCGCCUUGUGGUGAUGAAGACAUCGGCGGCGGCGGCAGCCUCGCCCCCAAACACAAGGCCUCCACCCACCGAUGAAUGACUGACAGGCUGAGGCCCCGCCCCUCGCCCCGCCCCCCCUCCACAGCUCCUCUCUGGCAUUAACAAGCAGAACCUCAAAAGCAGAAUAAGAUAUUAAAUGGGUUCCUGUUGUUUGAUAUUCAAACAUCAGUCUAAUACUUUCACAGUUUUUAGUGAACAUUAUGGAGAUAGAAGCCUUUCCCUACACUUGUUUUUGUCACAGGAAAAAAAAGGAUAAAUGUAAAAAAAAAAAAAAGUAUAAAACAACACGUUACAAAAAAUGUUUUCUGUAGUAGGCUAAACAAUGUACAUGGGGGCUUAGUGGUGUUUCAUAUGUCGCGUGUACACUUGUAGCGCACUAUGUAGCGGACUCCUCAAAAUAUGGCCAAAGGGUGUUUUUCUAUUGACUAGUUUGCUUGUAAUUCCCAUGUACAUUUUUAGUGGAGUGACAAAUAACAAAACAAGAAAAAAUACCCCCCCCCUCUCCUCCUCCUCCUCCUCCUCAUCCAAAUAAACAGGUACAUUUGAGAUGUGGUUCCUUCUUCUCCCUCUAGAGGUCGCCUGAAAUCACCAGAGCACUUCUCCAAACUGCCAAGUCUGGUUUUGUUGGUUUUGCUUUUUCUUUGUUUGUUUUUCAUUCCUGACAUGUUUUAUUUGUGUCUCUUCUGUCUGUUCCAGCGUAACACAUAAUUUUGUGUGUUUGUUUUUUCUUUUUUCUUUUUAAAUAGUGAAAUCAUUCCUUUUCAGUCUCUUUCUGAGAGUGUCCAGCCCCCCCCCCCCGGUGAACUCUCUUUACCCUCGGUUCUGUUUUAAAGAGGGUGACGGCACAGAGAGGACCGGGGGCGACAUUUUGAGCACUUGCCCUUCAAAGAAAGCGCUGAUGCAUGCUGGGAAAACAUGCUAAUGCUAGUCUUAUUAUCACAGCAGCACAUGGAUGGAGUUCCCCUUACUGAAUGAACUCGCAGGUUAACAGGAUUAUAACACAACCUUCUCCUCCCCCCCUUAGCGUACAGUCUCUGCUGUAUUUAAAGGAGUAAAACGUGUGGAAUAAUAAAACAAAAUACCCCUCCUCUCGCCCUCUACUCCUCUUCUUCUGGUUCGGCUUGACAAACUGUUCUCGUGCAAACAUCACAAAUGUAGCAGCUCUCAGCUAGAAUCCACCCCGAGCUCAGGUUUUCAACGUAAGGGAAUAUGUUCUGCUGUUUGAUAGUUUCACUCUCAGAUUGAUCAACAUGGAUUUUCUUUUUCCCCCCUCCUCUUCCUCCUCCUCCUCCUCCUCAUACACAGACUCAAACAUCAUAACCACACUCUCCGCCCCCCCCCCCUCCCCCCCUUCUUAAGUAACUAAUUGCUAUGCAAAAAAAAUCUAUGGUUGUUUUCAUUUUACACCUCCUUUUUAUGCCACAGCCAUUCAAUCACUGUUUUUUUUCUUUUGUAGUUAAGAUGUCAAUGUACCUGUUCGAUUGUUGCAGCAGUUAACCUAAUCAAAAAGCAGAAUUGUUUUUUCUUUUUUGUAAAUAGUACCAUUAAAACAUUUAUGUUUAACUUGG